GUAUAGAAAGGUCAAGGUCGAUAAAUAACAAACCAGCGUGGAAAUUAAAUUUAGACGGAAAAAUGGGAGUACCGGCGUUUUUUCGCUGGUUAAGUAAAAAAUAUCCAUCAAUUCUACUCCAUUGUGUAGAAGAGAAGCCAAAGGAAGUUGGAGAUGAAACAAUUCCUGUGGACACAAGUCAACCUAAUCCCAAUGAUUAUGAAUUUGACAAUUUGUACCUGGAUAUGAAUGGUAUUAUCCAUCCAUGCUGUCACCCAGAGGACAAACCAGCCCCAAAGAAUGAGAAUGAAAUGAUGGUUCUGAUUUUUGAAUACAUUGAUAGAAUAUUCUCCAUUGUAAGACCUAGGAAGGUGUUAUAUAUGGCAAUAGAUGGAGUUGCACCUAGAGCUAAGAUGAAUCAGCAAAGAUCUAGAAGAUUUAGAGCUUCCAAAGAAACCACGGAAAAGAUAGAAGAAAUGGCAAGAUUGAGGGGUGAACUUACUCAGAAAGGUUAUGAAUUACCACCAGAGAAGGAAAAAGGAGAACAUUUUGACAGUAACUGUAUAACACCUGGAACACCAUUUAUGUUCAGAUUAGCAGACUGUUUGAGAUAUUACAUUCAUGACAGAAUCAAUAGUGAUCCAGGAUGGCAAAAUAUUAAAGUUAUAUUAUCUGAUGCUAAUGUACCUGGAGAAGGGGAACAUAAAAUUAUGGACUAUAUAAGAAGACAGAGAGAUCAACCAGACCAUGAUCCAAACACAAAACAUUGUUUGAAUGGUGCUGAUGCUGAUCUGAUUAUGUUGGGUUUAGCUACACAUGAGCCUCACUUCACCAUUAUCAGAGAAGAAUUCAAACCAAACAAACCAAGAAGUUGUGAUUUAUGUGGUCAGAUGGGCCAUGAAAUGAAAGAAUGUACAGGUUUACCUAAAGAAAAAAUUGGAGAGCAUGAUGAAGGACCAGUGAUGUUUGACUCAGAACAACAGUUUAUAUUUUUAAGAUUAAAUAUAUUAAGAGAGUAUCUAGAAAGAGAGCUACUGAUGACCAACCUUCCAUUUAAAUAUGAUUUUGAGAGAUCUUUAGAUGAUUGGGUUUUUAUGUGUUUUUUUGUGGGUAAUGAUUUCCUUCCUCAUUUGCCAUCAUUAGAAAUCAGGGAAAAUGCAAUUGACAGACUUAUAAAAUUAUACAAAAAUUGUGUAAGAAGAACUGGGGGGUAUUUGACAGAUAGCGGAGUAGUAAACUUAAGUCGUGUACAGAUAAUAAUGCAAGAGCUUGGUGAGGUAGAAGAUGAAAUUUUCAAGAAAAGAAGAAAUAAUGAGUUAGAAUUCCAGCGCAGAAAUAAAGAAAGGAAAGCAAGAGAAAAAAGAUUUUCUCAAGGGCCUCGCUGGACACCAGGUGGACAGUUUGCUCCACAGGCAUUAGGCCAGUCCCAUAGCUCAUCAGGUGUAUCCAAUCCAAGACAAGAGGCCUUCAAGGGUCGUGUGGAUGCCAUGCAGUCAAUGAUGACAAAAGACGAGCCAGGUAAAGGUACAAAGAGGAGUGCUCCUGACAGUGAUGAUACAGAGAAAGAGAAAGAAGAAGAUGAGGAGAAAGAACCAGAGGAUGAGGUCAAGUUAUGGGAAGAUGGAUGGAAGGACAGAUAUUACAAGUCAAAGUUUGAUGUAGAUAAAAACGACAUAGAAUUUAGACAUAAUGUUGCCAGACAUUAUGUUACAGGUUUAUGUUGGGUUUUAAGAUACUAUUAUCAGGGUUGUGCCUCUUGGAAGUGGUAUUUUCCAUAUCAUUAUGCACCAUUUGCAUCCGAUUUUGUAAAUAUCAGUGAUCUACCCAAUGAUUUUGAAAAACAUACAAAUCCAUUUAAGCCAUUGGAACAGUUAAUGGGUGUAUUUCCUGCAGGCAGUAAAAAACAUCUGCCACUAACCUGGCAGACAUUAAUGUUUGACCCUGAAUCUCCUAUCAUAGACUUUUACCCAACAGACUUUAGGAUAGAUUUGAAUGGGAAGAAGUAUGCCUGGCAGGGAGUAGCUUUACUACCAUUUGUAGAUGAGAAAAGAUUACUGAAGGGUUUAGAGACUGUUUAUUCAGAUCUGACUCCAGAGGAAGUUUUUAGAAAUGGUAGAGGUAAAGACAGGCUGUUUGUAGGUAAAAGACAUCCAGCUCACUCCUUCUUUGAGGGUCUGUAUGAAGGUGAAAGGUCAGAAGAGGGUGUAGAUGUAAAUCCCUCUUUGACGCAUGGUAUGGCAGGUCGUGUCUGGUGUGAUGAUAAAGCUACAAUGUCGGGAGAAACGAUUAAAUCACCGUUACCACAACCUGAAAUGAAAGACAUUCUUGAUAAUCAGUGUUUAUGUAUUCUGUUCAAAGAUCCAGUAUAUGAUGAUGACCAUCUGUUUCCAUCCAAAGUACUCCCUAAUGCUAAAAUGCCAGACAGAGUAUUAAAACCAGAAGAUUUUGAUCAGAGAAAUAGGGGAAAGAGUUGGAUGCCACAGUUAGGCUUUCAGAAACACAGUGGUUAUAGAGGAGACAGAAAAGAUAGUUCAGCAGCCAAUAGAAUGUUGAGAGGAAGUUUGGGACGAGGUAACAACCAAGGAGGCGGAGGUUGGAACAGACAAAGUAUGUACAAAUCUCAUAGUGCUCCCUCACUAAGGUAUCCAAGAGGCGGUGGCUAUGGUGGUGGUUAUGGUGGUGCUCAAGGUUACGGAGGUGGAGGUGGUGGCUACAACAGUGGAAAUAACAGAGGAGGAGGUCAAAGAUAUGGUAACCAAGGUAACCAUGGUUGGCAAGGCAACAUGAACAAUCAGGGAAAUGCAUAUAAUAGAAAUCAGCAACAGGGAGGAUAUGGAGGCCAUCAAGGAGGUUAUAAUCAAGGUGGAGGUAAUUGGAGUGGAAAUCAAAGAGGAGGUAAUUGGGGUGGCAAUCAAGGAGGAGGUAAUUGGAGAGGAAAUCAACAGGGUGGCAGUAACUGGGGAGGUAGCAGAAACCAACAGCAGAAUAGAGGAGGAGGAGGAAAUUAUAAUAGUAAUAACAGAGGACAAGAUAGAUACAGACCAUACUGAUGUAAUCUUUUGAAAGAACAGAAUAUUGCACAUAAAACAAACAUUAUAUGAGAAUACAAGUGAAAUUAUAAAUAAUCCCUUAUCUCAAGAUUUGACAAUUCAAUUUUGAAUAUGAAAAUGUUUUGGACAUCUAGAGCAUGAACACAGACAUAAUAUGAUACAUCUUUAACCAACAGCAAGAUAUAAAAUGGUUUAAUUUGAUUUGUCAAGUCUUGUUUUGAGUUUGGUUAUAAUACAUAACAAAUGUAUUACAAUGUAUGUGAAUUUCAAAUUAGUGAAUGAUGUUACAGUACCACAUCGAAUAGUAAUAUUCAUGGAUAGUAUUCAAUAGCAUCAUUUAAUGUGCUGUAAAUAUUUUCAUGAUUAUUUAUAAGUAAUAUAUAAAUAAAGAACUGAUUGAAAGUAAAUGCUUGAGAUAUUUUUUUUUAAAUUCUUCAAAUAUGUUUAAAGUACACAUAUUUUUUUUAAAUCCAAGAUAUUUAAAACAUAAGUUCAGAACACAUACCACUCAUCAUGUCAUGUCUUAACUUAAUUAUUUCUUUAGUCUUAAGAAACAGUGAAUACUGAAAUUUCAAUUGUAUGUUUUAUAUGUCAUGUAACUUCAUGGUAUUUUAAUUAAUUUAUAAGAUCAAACUUCCUUGUAAAUAUCAUGAUGAACAAUUAAAAUUAUUAUCAUUAUUCAGA